UUUAGUGUUCAGCAGCAUUAAAGAUUUUUUUAGCGUGAAGCAUCUAAGAUUUUUGGCGCUAAGCAGCAUCUUAGAUUUUUAGUGGCGAGCAGCAUCUAACAUUUUGAAGGGCCUGAAUCAUACCACGCUAGGGCUUUGUGAAUCAAUUAGCAGGGUUAGAGUUAUAGGGAAAAAUCUACAGUGUCAGGUGUUUUAAAUAAUUUACCGUGUCAACGUUUCAAAUAGAAAUUUACAGUGCCAGAGUUUUGGAGAAUAGUUUGGUGUUCGAAAGAAUAAUUUGCAAGGUCAGGAUUCUGAUUAAUUCUCUGCAGGGGUAAGGUUUCUUAAUAAUAUUUUGUGGGGGCUAGGAUUUGCAACAAUCAUUUGCAGCCAUGUCGAGCCCUGAAUCAGAAAACGGCAAUGGCGUACAGUGGUCGGCAAAUCGGGUGCGUGAGGAAUUUAUAAGUUUUUUCGAGUCUAAAGGUCACACAUUUUGGGAAUCGAGCCCCGUCGUACCGCUGGAUGAUCCCACUCUGCUUUUUGCCAAUGCUGGUAUGAACCAGUACAAACCUAUUUUCCUGGGAACUGUGCACCCAAAUACUCCACUUGGGAAACUCAAGCGAGCCUGCAAUACACAGAAGUGCAUACGUGCAGGAGGCAAGCAUAAUGAUCUUGAUGAUGUAGGAAAGGACACAUAUCACCAUACAUUCUUUGAGAUGCUCGGAAAUUGGUCUUUUGGUGAUUAUUUUAAACGAGAAGCUAUUGGGUGGGCCUGGGAAUUGUUGACAGAGGUAUACAAGUUGCCCACAGACCACCUAUAUGCAACUUAUUUCGGAGGUGAUGAAAAGUUGGGACUUCCUGCUGAUAGCGAGGCCAGAGAUAUCUGGCUCACUUAUCUACCACCUGGGAAUGUUCUACCCUUUGGUUGUAAGGACAACUUUUGGGAAAUGGGUGAUACUGGACCUUGUGGGCCAUGUUCGGAAAUCCACUUUGAUAGACUAGGAAACCGCAAUGCAGCUUCUUUAGUUAAUUAUGAUGAUCCUACUUGCAUUGAGAUCUGGAAUAUUGUAUUUAUCCAGUUUAACAGGGAAAAUGAUGGAUCUCUGAGGCCUUUACCAGCAAAGCAUGUUGAUACAGGAAUGGGAUUUGAACGCCUGACAUCAAUUCUCCAAAAUAAGUUGAGCAAUUAUGACACAGAUAUUUUUAUGCCCAUAUUUGAUGCGUUGCAGCAGGCAACUGGAGCCCAACCUUACUCUGGUAAAGUGGGGGCAGAUGAUGUGGAUAAAGUUGAUAUGGCUUACAGGGUGGUGGCAGACCAUAUAAGAACUUUGUCAUUUGCCAUUGCAGAUGGUUCUCGCCCAGGUAAUGAGGGUCGUGAAUAUGUACUUCGACGUAUUCUUCGGCGGGCAGUUCGAUAUGGGCGGGAGGUUCUCAAAGCUCAGGAAGGGUUCUUUAGCGGGUUGGUGAGCAUUGUUGUUGAAGUCAUGGGUAAGACUUUUCCUGAACUCACGCAACAUGAAAAGAAGAUUAAGGAAAUUAUUGCAGAAGAGGAAUUGAGCUUUGGGAGGACUUUGAUUAAGGGCAUUGAAAAAUUCAAGAAGGCUGCACAAGAAGUUACGGAGAACAAGCUUAGUGGGCAGGAUGCCUUCAUAUUAUGGGACACAUAUGGGUUUCCAAUGGAUCUAACACAGCUUAUGGCAGAAGAAAUGGGCCUGAAGGUAGAUGUAGAUGGCUUCAACAUUGCAAUGGAAGAAGCUAGGCAAAAAGCAAGAAGUGCUCGAGGGAGGUCAGGUGGGGAAAUUCUUGUCAUGGAGGCUGAAGCUACUGCUGAGUUGUUGAGAAGGGGUGUUGCUCCAACGGAUGACAAAAGCAAGUAUGUUUGGAAUCAGGACCAUACUAGUAAAGUGAAAGCAAUCUAUAAUGGAUCGGAGUUCAUAGAUUUUGUAACAUCUGGAGAGGAUGUUGGUAUUCUACUUGAAACUACUAACUUUUAUGCAGAGCAAGGAGGACAGAUCUAUGACACUGGAAUCUGUGAGGGUCCAUAUGGAUCUUUUGAUGUUAGGAAUGCCCAAAUAUAUGGUGGUUAUAUCCUUCAUAUUGGUUCUGUUCUAGGGGAAACAGAUAGGAUAUGUGUAGGGGAUGAAAUUAUUUGUAAGCUGGACUAUCAAAGGAGGGGUCUUAUUGCUCCCAAUCAUACAUGUACUCACAUGUUAAACUAUGCAUUGAAGGCUGUACUUGGUGAUCACAUUGAUCAAAAGGGAUCCUUGGUAGCUCCAGACAAGUUGCGCUUUGAUUUCUCACAUGGCAAACCUGUUAAUGCUGAUGCCUUGAAGCAAAUAGAGGCAAUUGUAAAUCAGCAGAUUCAAGAUGAGUUAGAUGUAUAUGCAAAAGAAGCUAGCCUGAUGGAGGCAAAACGCAUUUUGGGUCUCCGAGCUGUGUUUGGAGAAGUUUACCCUGAUCCUGUUCGAGUUGUUUCCAUUGGAAGACGUGUUGAGGAUCUUCUAGUAGAUCCAGAUAACCCACAAUGGGCAGCCUUUUCGACAGAAUUUUGUGGUGGGACACACUUGUCAAAUACACGAGAAGCAAAAGCAUUUGCUCUUGUAUCUGAAGAAGGAAUUGCAAAGGGUGUACGGAGAAUAACUGCCUUUACAACUGGUGCAGCCAUUGAGGCAAUUGAAACUGCAGCAUCUUUUGAUUCACGUUUAAAUGAUGCCUCAAAGUUGGAGGGAGCUGCAUUAGAGAAGGAAGUGGCUUCAUUGAAGAGCUCAUUGGAUUCUGCUGUCAUUCCAGCUGCUAAAAAGGCAGAUUUCAGAGGAAAAAUAACUAAAUUGCAGGACCGUGUGAAAAAGGCUCAAAAGCAAGCUGCAGAAGCACAUAUGAAGGCAGCAAUAACUGCAGCCAUUGAACUUGCCAAUAAGUUAUCGUUAAGAGAUGAAGCCUAUUGUGUGUCACGAAUUGAUGUCGGUUUGGAUGCCAAUGCAAUCAGAGAAGCUGUUCUUAAAUUUAUGGAGAAACAAAAGGACAUUCCUGUCAUGAUGUUUAGUGUCGAUGAGGCAACAAAUAAAGUUCUUGUCUAUGCUGGUGUACCACAGUCGGUAGCAAAGAAGGGGCUUGCAGUGUUGGAUUGGUUGAGGAAAGUGUUAGAGCCCCUUAAAGGCAACGGAGGAGGUGGCAAAGGUGGACUGGCACAAGGACAGGGGAAUGAUGCUGCUCGAAUAGAAGAGGCAAUGGAAAUUGCUCGCACUAUUGCAACAGAGAAGCUGAGGUGAUAGCUUUUUGUGUGUGACAUUUGAAUAACUAAAUGAUGACUAGCAGCAAAAUCAUGUUCUUCAGAAAAUGAUGAAGACAAUCAAUGCUGAAGGUGAAUGAUUUGCCCAAUUUAUUAGCCUUGUGCUGCAUAAGUAUACUUUCGGAACAGAAGAUUUGUGAAUUAAAUACAAAAGUUUGUGUCUACAUCAUCCCUCACGUAGAUUGAAUUCCCUUGUUGUUUGGGAGCAACGAUUCUUUCUCAAAAAACAAAAACCCUCAUUGCGAUGCAUAUCUAAUGGUGGUUUUAACAAUUGCCUGAGUUGGCUUAAUCUUUCAAAUUCAAAAUUUUAAUUAUAUUGCUAAGGGAAUUUGUAAUCUAUUAUAAUUUAUUCAAUGGGAAUAUCUCAUUUCACUUGUCUUUGGUAA